UUCAAAGAUUGAUCAUGGAACCAUUAAAGGUAGCAAUCAUUACAGGCGCUGGUAGUGGAAUUGGACAUUCUAUUGCUAUAAAGUUUGCCAAACACAGAUAUAAAUUGGUAAUAUUAGGAAGGCGAGUGCAUAAAUUAGAAGAAACCGCACAGCUAUGCUGCAAGCAAGGUUUAAAGGAGGAAGAUGCUAGUAUUCUUAUCCAGUCAUGUGAUGUAUUAGUUGAUAGCCAAAUUGAGAAUGUUUUCAAGAAGACUAUCAAUAAAUUUGAAAGAAUAGAUGUCUUGGUUAACAAUGCUGGUUAUGGUAUAGCAAAGCAUUUUACUGAAGCAGAUAUAGAGGAUUUUGAUGCUAUGUAUAGAAUACAUACAAGAGCACCAAUCAAGUUUAUGCAAUUAGCUUAUCCUUUUCUAAAGAAGACUCAAGGAAACAUUAUUAAUAUCACCAGCUGUGCAUCUGAAUUGACUCCUACUUCUGACCUCUCUCCUUAUGUAGUUGCAAAAGCAGGAAUGAAUAUAGCAACAGAACUGGCUGCAAAAGAUUAUGGAAAAGAUGGUAAAGUUAGAGUGAAUGCUAUACUUCCUGGACCUGUUAAAACAGAAAUUUACCUUUCUUCUGGCUAUGUUAAAAACAAGGAAGAAAGUGAUAAAUUUUUUCAAUUUGAAGAAAGUCGUUCACUAUUGGGAAGGCUUGCCAACAGUGAUGAAAUUGCUGCAAUAGCAUUUUUUCUUGCAAAUGAUGAAACUGGAAUGAAUAUUACAGGAUCAAAGAUCAAUGCCUCUUCAGGAGAAAAUUUACCAAACAGUCCUGUUUAUCCAGAGAGUUGCUAA